UCUGUGUAAUAACUUUAUUUCAAUAGAAUUGGGCAGAGUGUGGAAAUACCCUUAAAGACAGGGUCACGGGGCACAAAACGACCUCCAUAAUUUCCUUGUCCACAUCGGUAAUCUGAUAUAUCCUCGGGAUAAUGCAGCCAUAUAUCCGCAUCUUUUCCCACCAAAAUUAAAACGGCCUCGGUCUUAUUCGUUAACCCCAACCCCACUCUCUUCUUCUUCUUCUUCUUCUUCUGAUGAUGAUGAUGAUGAUGAUGGGAAGAAGGGUGAGGGUGUUGUGCUGCUUCACCACCUUUACAUAUUUGUAUAUCUACUCACUUGUCGUGGCUUUGCCAACCAUACCGGACGGUGAUCACCAUCUGCUACUGCCCGGUGCUGGCCAGUCAUUCAAGAUCGCUCUCUUUGCCGACCUGCAUUUCGGAGAGGCCGCCUCCACCGACUGGGGUCCACUCCAAGAUGUCAACUCCCUCAGAGUCAUGUCCACUGUGCUUGAUCAUGAAAUCCCAGAUUUUGUUAUCUAUCUUGGAGAUGUCAUCACAGCCAACAAUAUAGCAAUUAAAAAUGCAAGCUUGUAUUGGGAUCAAGCAAUUUCUCCAACAAGAGCCAGAGGAAUUCCUUGGGCCAGUGUUUUUGGAAACCAUGAUGAUGCGGCAUUUGAGUGGCCGAUGGAGUGGUUUUCAGGUCCCGGAAUUCCUGAAAUUCGUUGCCCUGUAGCCAAUUCCUCAUGCUCAGGAGAAGAAGACUGUAGCUUCAAAGGCACACAUCGUCUGGAGUUAAUGAAAAAUGAGAUUGCACUUAGCUCUCUUUCAUAUUCUCGAUAUGGUCCUAAAGAACUUUGGCCUAGUGUAUCUAACUAUGUCCUGCAAGUUUCUUCGUCAAACAAUCCCGGGUCACCUGUGGCAUUUUUAUAUUUCCUAGAUUCUGGUGGUGGUUCCUACCCAGAAGUUUUAUCAAGUGGCCAAGCAGAAUGGUUCCGUCGGAAAGCUCUAGAGAUCAACCCUGAUUCAAGGGUGCCUGAGCUAAUCUUUUGGCAUAUACCAAGUCGUGCUUACAAGAAAGCGGCUCCAAGAUUUGGUAUACACAAGCCUUGUGUCGGUUCAAUUAAUAAGGAGAGAGUAGCAACUCAAGACGCUGAAAAUGGCAUCAUGAAACUUUUGGCUGAAAGGGUUUCUGUCAAGGCAAUAUUUGUAGGACACAACCAUGGAUUGGACUGGUGCUGCCCUUAUAAGAAACUGUGGCUAUGCUUUGCUCGGCAUACUGGUUAUGGUGGCUAUGGAAACUGGGCUAGAGGAGCUAGAAUCAUAGAAAUCACCCAGCAGCCUUUCUCUAUUAAAUCUUGGAUUAGAAUGGAAGAUGGUAGUGUACAUAGUGAACUUGUCUUGAGUCCCUAAUAAACUGUUUCCUUCUGAUUUUCUGUGCUACCAGCAGAAAGGAAACUAUUUGAAACUAACAUAAAAUUAAAGAAAAAAUAAAUGUGUAUAUACACGGAAACUACAACACGCAUCUCUCUGUACAAUAUUUCAAUGUAUUCUUUUCUUCAUGCUUCAAUAUUUCAAUGCUCAAUGCUGUUGAUCUGAACAGUAUAAUGA